AUGCAGACACUUACGCCUAACACCAACUUAUUCGCAAAACGCCGUCGUUUAACUUGCAGUACACAAACCUCAACUUUGAUCUCGACGAAGCCACUUUCGGUUUUUCCCACCAAAAAAACCAACCGAGAACAUCUCAGAAACCUGGAAAAAGUUCUUAAAAUUUCCCCGAGCUCUACUACGGAGAAAUUCGAUACCAAUGUUUCUUCUCGUCAAGAUAAAACAUCGACGUCUACGUUACUCGGAGGUUUAAAUUUGGCGAGAAUCUGGCCUCGGAUGAAAGCCGCCGUUGACGAAAUGUCGCCUAAGAAUUUAAAGCGGCUUCAAAGGCUUCUCUCGAAGUCAUCGCAGGAGCGUUCACCGAAAAAUAAACUCGGGUCUAAAUGGCGGGAGCUACACGGGUUAAAUAACUGGGCCGGGUUGCUGGAUCCGCUAGACGAGGAUCUCCGGCGAGAGCUUGUCCGGUACGGAGAGUUUGUACAGGCAGCUUAUCACGCGUUUCACUCGGACCCGGGAGGUUCGCCGAGAAACGUGGUGUUACCUGAUGGGUCUUAUAAAGUGACGAAGAGUCUUUACGCCACCUCAUCCGUUCGUUUGCCUAAAUGGAUCGAUGACGUAGCACCGGAUCUGCGGUGGAUGACUAAGGAGACUAGUUGGGUUGGGUACGUGGCGGUCUGCGAUGAUCCUAUGGAGAUCCAACGGAUGGGGAGGAGGGAGAUCAUCAUUGCGCUACGAGGUACUGCCACGUUGCUCGAAUGGUCAGAGAAUUUCAGGCCGAAUCUCGUUUCGAUGCCGGAGCCCAAACCUGAUCCAUCCGACCCGACCCGACCGAAAGUGGAAUGCGGAUUCAACAGUCUAUACACGACACAUAGCCAACAUGCAUCGAGCCUCGCGGAAUCGUUGGUCGGAGAGAUCAGCCGGCUUGUGGACCUCUAUGCCGGCGAAGAACUAAGCAUCAGCGUCACCGGCCACAGCCUUGGCGCCGCCAUAGCGCUGCUUGCUGCUAAUGAUAUCGCCGAGCGUGUUCCCCAUGCACCUCCGGUAUCUGUGUUUUCUUUUGGUGGGCCUCGUGUCGGGAACCGAGAGUUCGCCGAACGACUGGAUUCGAAAGGAGUGAAAGUUCUCCGAGUAGUGAAUAGUCAGGACGUGGUGACAAGAGUUCCCGGAAUAUUCUCAGAUAAUAAUAAUAAUAAUCAGGGACAUGAUCGUAAAGUGGAGAGAAAAAGAGGAGGUAUAAUGGAAAUGGUGGAGAGGAACAAUCCAUGGGCAUACUCGCACGUGGGAGCAGAGCUGCGUGUGGACAUGAAGAUGUCUCCGUACUUGAAACCAAACGCUGAUGUGGCGUGCUGUCAUGACUUGGAGGCGUACUUGCAUUUAGUCGACGGUUUUUUGGCGUCUAACUGUCCGUUCAGGACAAACGCAAAACGGAGUUUGAGGAAACUGUUGGAUGAACAACGGUUCAACGUCAAGGUUUUGUAUACAGGAAAGUCUUUCAGACUCAACCGUACUACCAUUCCCGGUCACGGAGAUGUUUUGCCCAGUCCAUCUUCAUGA